CCACCGACAAGCGAGUCUCCCCAAGGGCCUUGUCUCCACGCUCACCAUGUCCCUCUCCGCUCCCGCGCCUGCGCCCGCCGCAGCCGUGCAUCGCCUGCGCUUCGUCGACUGGACGCCCGCGCGCAUCUCGGCGCUGGCCGUGGCGCCCGGCGCGCCUGCGCAGCGCGGCCUGCUUGCCGUGGGCCGCGACGACGGCAGUGUCGAGCUGUGCGUGUGGACGCAGGAGCAGGGCCAGGCAAAGGGCUGGGUCGUAGACACGACGCUCGUCGGCGCCGCAGGCUCCAAGAUCGACUCGCUCGCCUUCGUCCUCACGCCUUCGGCGCCCACGGCCGCGGGCCACGCCGCAGCACCGAUUCCGCGCCUCUUCUCCACCUCGGGCGGCGCUGGGCUCACCGAGCACUUCCUGCCUGCGCAUCUCCUCUCGCACGUCUCUCUCUCUGGCUCGCGCUCUGCGCCGCCUGCUGUGCCUCGCAGCAGCAGCACCAGCCGCACCCUCGCCUCCGGCGGCGGUGCCAUCUGGAGCAUGGCGGCGUCUCCUCUCGGCCGCUACCUGGCGCUCGGGUGCGAGGACGGCGUCGUGCGCAUCGUCGACGUCUGCGAGGGACGCUUCGAGCUGCUGGCACCCAGCCGUGCCGCCCGUCGACAGGGCGACGGCUCGCUGCGAGGCAUUGUGGCGCGCUGUGAUCGCGCAAAGACGCGCGUCGUCUCGCUGGCAUGGGGCCCACCUCGACGCGUGGUGACGCAAGUCAAGCCGACCAAGAAGGCCAAGGGCGACGAUUCGAGCGACGAGGAGAGCAGCAGUGACGACGAGGAAGAGGAUGCAGAACAGUGGGAGGAGAGCUUCCUUGUCGGCGGCACCUCCUCCUCGCUGGCGUUGCAGUGGGACUUGCAGACCGGCCGUGUUGCCGCGAGGCUCAACGUGGAGCGUUCGCGCGCCGAGCACACGGUGGUGUGGGCCACAUUGGCGCUCCCCUCCGGCGUCAUUGUGCUGGCCGACUCGCUCGGCAAGGUCACCUUCUACGACGGACGCACCCACGUCGCGCUCCCUGGCGCCAGUUUUGCAAACCACGCACGCGGCGCAGAUGUGCUCUGCCUCGCGGCGGGGCCCGACGGAAAGAGCGUCUAUGCUGGAAGCGUCGAUACAAAGGUCAGCGAGUAUGCUCUCGUGGGCGAGGGCAACUCGCAGCGCUGGAUCCACACUACAACACGCAAGCUGCACGCCCAUGAUGUGCGCACACUCGCACUCUCUCCAAGCCUCGAUCUCGCGGCAGCAGUCAAGGGCGAGAAGAGGCAAGGCAACGAAGUGGCGCACAUGCUCCCCAUCCUCGUCUCUGGAGGCAAUGACUUCUCUCUCGUCCUCACGCCGGCAUCUGCACCGAGCGCGCUCUCGUUGCGCGGCAACGACUCUCGUCGGAAGCGCGGCGCCAGCAAUGUCGUGCCGGCGCAACAAGGCGAGGCAAACCCCAUCAGCACGAAUCCUCUCACCUCCUUCGCCGAGACGACGCAACGACGACUCUCCUACAUGCCCGCCACUGCGCGCGGCAGUGCGCUGAGCGGCGGUGGCGCCGUCGUCUCCGCUGCCGGUCGUCGCUGGCUCGCUCUUCGUCGAGAGCGCAGUGUUGGCAUUUGGGCGCUGCCCGCGCGUGCCGAGGUUGCCGCGCCCGUCGAAGAAGCGGCGGCACAGACGGAGCAGCAGGCAUGGCGCAAGGUCCUCGAGAUGGAGAUGCGCUGCAAGAGCAACCUGGUGGCGCUGGCCAUCAGCGCUGAUGGCAAAUGGCUUGCCGUGGGAGAUCUCUACGAGACGAAGCUAUUUGCUUUGCGCGCGCAUGGUGAAGGCGAGGAACUGACGUUGGAGCCGAGACGCCAACGCUCCCUCGGCGCUGCGAUCGCGAGCGGCAGCGGAGCCUCGCAAAAGGGCGCUUCCGCUCCCGGCGCUUCAGCUCUGGCGUUCACGCCUGAUUCGUCGCGACUCGUGCUCGCAAGCUACCCGGGCAGCUUCCUGCACAUCAUCGAGCUGCCUGCUGGCGCCAACGACGAGUGUCGUCUGCUGCAGAGCUUCGGUCAGCAUCGCAGCGGCGCCUCCUCCUCCAGCCGCGCCACGGCAGGCCGCGUCAAUGGUCAUGCCGCCGCUGACUCAGACGAAGAGUCCUCCUCCGAAGACGUCGCCCCCUCGAGCUCGACGAAGCGCAGCAGCUUUGCGCGCAUCGAUCUCCUGGCCAUCUCGGGAGAUUCUCAGUACCUCCUCUCGGUCGACAGCGAGCGUCGCAUCCACACUUUCAACCUCGACGUGCUCUCUGCUCAUCGCACCCUGCCUUCGCCUGCACUCGUGCCUUCAGCCGCCGUCUUCGCGCCGGCACAGGGACGCGGCGCAGCUCAUGUGGCACUCGUGCUGCCGAGCAACAAUGUGCUGCUGUACGAUGUGGAGAGCGCCAGAGCAGUGCAUGCCGAGCUCAACGCCGCUCUGACGCCCUCGAUCGGCCGACUGCGCGACCAUGCCAUCGGCGCCUCGUGGCUGCCCACUACGCCGAGCCAGGCCCGCACUCUGGUGCUGUGGGGCGCAACUUGGCUUUGCACCGCUCGUCUGCUCGACACCACGCCCAUCACGAACGGCACGACACCCAAGAAGCGCCGCUCGACGACGGAGGAAGCGCCGGUGGCAACGCAGGAGUGGAGCGUCAAGGUGACGCAUCGCUAUCAGCCGCUGCUCUUCGUCGAUGCCCUCCAAAGGGCUGCUGGCGCGCUCUCGAUGGACGCAGCGCAAGGGCAGCAGGACGAAUACUGCGCCGAGCUCGUCGUUGUGGAGCGGCCCUUCUUCGCACUGGCUCGCUCUCUGCCGCCGGCGUUCAAGCGCGCCGUCAAGUACGGCUCGUAGCCUGCCUUGCCUUCUCGGGUCACUCGCCGUCUCGGAAAGCUGUCGCGCUGCGCAUCCGGAGGCCUGUCUCUGUACGUCCCUGUAAUAAUUCUACGAUCUCUCAUGCUCUCUCUUCGCCAAGAUGCUACAAGGUGCUAGGCAUUCCACUGCGCGACCUCAGCGAGCGGCAAGCUCAGAUGCCGCGUCCGCCGGUGACCUCGAGCGUCUGGCCGCUGACGUAGCUCGCGAGCGGGCUGGCGAGGAAGAGAAUGGCUGCCGCUGCCUCGCCCACCUCUCCGGGCCGGCGCAGCGGAAUGUCGAUCGUUGCGUUGACGUCGUUGCCGGAGUUGGGCUUGCGGCCCGGGACUGCGG